AUAGUUUUUGUUCUCGAUUUUCACACCUGAAAUGUUACUAUAAAUUAACUGCAUUUUAAUGGCAGUCAUCAUUCUCAGACAUCUUGUUCUGGUGUGUAUCCCGGAAAGAACCUGGUGACAAUGAAGGUCGCUGUACUCGUCCUGGCUUUGUGUGUAGCCGCCAUGGCUCAGCGUCGUCCCCCAGAGGAGACUGAACCACCUGUGACCAUAACAGUCGAGGAGCUGAUCUGGCUGGAGGUGGGCAACAUCGUCAGGGCAGACCCUCGCAUCUCCCAGUCGGAAUGCAAGGCCAGUUGUGAUGCUCACUUCGCACUGAGCGAUGCCCUGGACGAAUCUCUCACAGACAUCAUUUGUCAACGGGAAUGUGAACUGGCUGUUUCCGGCCACGAGGACUUCCACCGACCACCAGGUGACCGUGGCGGUCGGGACUAAAGAUUUAGGAUGCACAUCACCAGGGACAAGCCAAUAUAUAGAGUUUUUACUAAGCAUUCGACAGUGGAAUGAGCGUUAGCUUGACAACAAUCAACGACUUAAUGAUGUAAUAUUAUUUCGUCCAAUCGUCUGGAUAGUAUGUCUACGGCACUUUUUUUUCCAAUAAACACUCGAGCUGUUAUUA